GGUGGCCAUUGUGGAAAGGUGAGUGAGGUUUACAAGUGUAUGUGACUUGACGUAUUGCUUGAGCUUGGGAGUUCUGCUUCUUUUCGUUGAAGUCAUCCUCAGUGGUUUUGAUCUUUGACGAUAAGAACCUUUGCGAGACCAUUUCUAGUGUUUGAAAGGAGAUAGAGGUUUUUCUGGAGCUUUUGCUUCAGUGAUGGUCGAUUGCCGCUGAUUUGCUCGUGUUAAUGUUGGAUUUGGAGUGGUUUUUAUCUAGUUACCGGCUGUUGAAUAAGACGUAGUCGGGAAGCUUUCUUAGGCUUUGCCUUAGGGUGAUGGUAUGAUGGUGCGUAUGAGGCGCGUGGAGAACUCUUUCAAGGUCCAAUGGCGAGACUUAGUUGGGAUUGAAGGGUGUUUACAGCGACGGUUAAAGAUUCUAACCUCUUUUAGUUCAGUUAUAUGUAUUGGUGAUGUUCGUGUGCUUCCAGUCCUUCUUGUUACUCCUUUCUACUGGUGUUAGUGGUUGAUGAGGUCUCGCUAGGUAAGUUCAUCUUCGAGUGCAUGGUUGAGCAUUUCUUGCUGAAACUUGGUUAUCACUCUUCUGCCUUUUGUCUCCUUUUUCGUGGUUAUAUAUUAGCUUUAAGAGUGUGUGUUAUGUUUAUCUUUUGGCUCCGGGUGGUACUUGUUACCUCGCCGGCUCUUGGCUUCGGGUGGUACUUGUUGCCUCGCCGACUCUUGGCUUCAGACAAUGUCGUUAUUGUAUGCGUGUAACCGAACGUUUGAUAUAAUCUUAAUCUACUAGAUGACAAAAAAAAAAAAAAGAUGUGGGAUUUGAGUGUGUAUAAAGCUGCUCUACAUCACAAAGGCAAGAAGAGAGGCCCCAAAGGACAGAACUUUCCUUCAGGGAAACAGAGCAAAUAGGAGAAAAUGUAUGCAGAUACAGGGCUAGGGUUCAGAUUCAUGCAGGGUUGUUCCCCAGAAAUCCAUCAGUUCGAAGACCUCUUUAAACCCUACAAGCUCUCUGAUCAAACGCAGAUCAGUCUUGUUGAGGCGUAUGAGUAUGGUUUCGGAGAAGAGAGUGACUUAUUCAAAUCCCCUGAGCCGAUCAUUGAAGAACCAAUGCUAGCCGUUGACCCCCUCUCUCAAGAGAUUGUUGAACUCAGUGAUCUCGGGUCGUUGCAGAGUGACCAACAGCUUAUAGAAAAGGCUUUCUACGAGUGUGAGCAGGAGCUCCUAGUGAAAUCAGCCAUGGAGUCUCCGCUGCUCUCCAAGGUACUAGACAGGAAGAACGUCUCUCUCGUGGCUGAAAUGGACAGUAGUAGUGUAGUUGUCUCUGAUGUCCCAGUUCCUAAGAGCGUGAGCUCGGGGAACCUGACAUCGAUGGAUAUGGCACAGCACGAGGAUGCGGUGAUUCAGAGGUUCUUCCCUCCAGUGGAUAAUGGAAUGAGAAGAGCCUUUAGCGAGAGCGAUAUACAGACACUGGGAACUAGAAACGCGGGCCAGGUUCAGUCUCAACUGGAUAGAAUAAUCGUAAGUUGCACCUCUGAGGACCGUCGUGAGAAGCUUUCUCGAUACAGGGACAAGAAGAGCAGGAGGAAUUUCGGGCGUAAAAUCAAGUAUGCUUGCAGGAAGACACUUGCAGACAGUCAACCGAGGAUCCGAGGAAGGUUUGCAAAAACAGAGGAGAUGCAGAAAUGAGAGGAUUCAUUUAGUUAGGUACCUGAAGUUGAGCAAGAAGAACAGUUUGAUGAAGUGUUUUUGUAUAUAAAGGGUUUGUCUGAAUAAACCUCUAAGGAGUAGGAAGGAAAACAAGUUGUAGUAGGAUUUACUCAAGUGAUAUGCUUAUCUAUGUUAGAUCUUAUGAAGCUCACUCAGUCUCUAAAACUCUAAAUUUAUAAGCUGUUUAAUGUUACUUUAUAUGGUUUUGUUUGGCCGUAUAUAUUAACAGUUGACGUAA